AUGGCGGACAGAGACAGCGGCAGCGAGCAGGGCGGCGGCGGCGGCGGCGGCGGCGGCGGCGGCGGCGGCGGGGGCGCGGCGGGCGCCGGGGGGCCGGGCUCGGGCGGCGGCGGCGGCGGCGGGCCGGGCGGCGGGCUGCAGCACGAGACGCAGGAGCUGGCCUCCAAGCGGGUGGACAUCCAGAACAAGCGCUUCUACCUGGACGUCAAGCAGAACGCCAAGGGCCGCUUCCUCAAGAUCGCCGAGGUGGGCGCCGGCGGCAACAAGAGCCGCCUGACGCUCUCCAUGUCGGUGGCGGUGGAGUUCCGCGACUACCUGGGCGACUUCAUCGAGCACUACGCGCAGCUGGGGCCCAGCCAGCCGCCCGAGCUGGCGCAGGCGGCCGACGAGCCGCGCCGGGCGCUCAAGAGCGAGUUCCUGGUGCGGGAGAACCGCAAGUACUACAUGGAUCUGAAGGAGAACCAGCGCGGGCGCUUCCUGCGCGUUCGCCAGACCGUCAACCGCGGCCCGGGGCUGGGCGCCGCGCAGGGCCAGACCAUCGCGCUGCCGGCCCAGGGCCUGAUCGAGUUCCGCGACGCCCUGGCCAAGCUCAUCGACGACUACGGCGUGGAGGAGGAGCCGGCCGAGCUGCCCGAGGGCACCUCCUUGACUGUGGACAACAAGCGCUUCUUCUUCGACGUGGGCUCCAACAAGUACGGCGUCUUCAUGCGGGUGAGCGAGGUGAAGCCCACCUACCGCAACUCCAUCACCGUCCCCUACAAGGUCUGGGCCAAGUUCGGCCACACCUUCUGCAAGUACUCGGACGAGAUGAAGAAGAUCCAGGAGAAGCAGCGGGACAAGCGCGCCGCCGCCGCCGCCCCCGCGGGCGCCGGGGCCGGGGCCGAGCCGCCGCCCGAGGCGGAGGGCGCCGCCGCCGUCGCCGCUGCCGCCGCCGCCGCCGCCGCCGCCGCCGGGCCGCCCGGCGCCCUGCUGCAGGCCGAGGAGCCCGAGGAGGACUGACCGCCCGCCGGCCGGCCGGCCGGCCGCCCCCGCCGCCGCGCGGACAGAGACAGAGACUGCGCCCGCCCGGGCGGGCGGCGGCCGCGGGGAGCGGCGGCGAGCAGACGUCCCCGGCCACGACCCCCCGGGAGCACCCCCCCGCCCGGCAGCCUCCACCGACCGACAGCAACGCCUCCGACCCGCCACCCAUCGCUGGAUGUUCCUCCACUUUACCCACCGUAUCAAACAACUUUUACCAGUAAAUAUCGGUUUAUUCCUGAAACCAGAAGCCCUAAACAUACCUUUGUUUAUAAGGUCAGUUGCCGUUUUGUCUCUCUUGUUCCCCGCUUCCCCCAGUACAAACCGGCAGGUGAUUGAAAGGUACCAAGCUUUCUUUCUAGUUUUCCUGCUCUGCAACUCUGGAAAUGGAGCCCACGAGACCUAGAGCCUUCGCUUGGUAAUGUAGACCUAAGUUUACAAAUUAUUAUUUAACAUUUUAAAGUCUACUUUCAAGGACAGAGGUGUUCCUGUCUGCCUGGUAUGGGACUGAUACAAACUCCUGCAGAUGCAUAAAGUGGUUCACCUUCCCAGAACCUGUGGGCAGGUGUCUCACAAGCAUCUUCAGGACUGGGCUUGGAAAGUAAUUAUUCCAAAAGUAUGCACUGCAAAAUGACUUCUCUGUUUUACAGUGAAGAGGAUGGGGGUAGGGAAGGGUGGGAACAGAAUAUGGAUAUGAUUUUUUCCUGAUUUUUUUAAUUUCUUUUUCUAUUUUCUGCUAGAAAGGCUUCUCUAUCGUAAAGGAAGCAUAAAGUGGGAAGGAGGGAGAGAAUUUGAACAUUGCCCAUCCUAAACUAGUUGUAAACUCUUCCCCGAAGGCUGAGAGAAAAGGCAGGUGAAAGGUCUGAUCCUUAAAAGGACAUUGCUAGGUAUUUGGGACUUCAAAAGCAGCUGGCAUUUUUAAUGACUGCAAUUGAUUUAGGUAAUUUUCAGAAUUUUUCAAGACAAAUCAACUUGGGAGAGUUGAAGCCUCCCUUUUUUCUAAGUAUUUGCAGCCCAAACACAACAAUAUUAUGCUAAUAGUUGAGAAACAGUGAAACUGAUAAUAGAAAAUGGGUUGACUGCACAGUCCCAGCAAAUUUUUUUCUUUUGAAUAAACAAUCUGAAAAAAAAAUCAAAACCACCCUAAGCCAAAAAAAUGCAACCUCUCCAAAAGCAAGCAGUACAGACUCUCAGAUGCUUAGUGUGGUUUUAUCAUGCAUAGCUGGCAAGAGCAUUUCUGGUAUAGCUGCAACCUAACUAUGUCCCUUUAAGGCUAACUUCAUCCCAGUGAAACAAAAGAUGAGGUUUCGCACUGUAGAGCAGAUCAAAGCUCCUGCAGCUGUAGUUGGAGUCCAUAAUGAUGGGAGUCUUCCAGCUGUACACUCUGAGCUGAAAACUACCUUUCCUCCCCUUUUGCAGCCUGUGUGGUUCUGAUUGCUGGCAGUUCUGUAAUACAACUUUAAUCUGAGCAGUUGAGGCUGGUCCCACCUUAUCUUCAGACGUCUUGCGGAGGACUCCUGUUACCAGUUUGGUACUCAAAAGCUACACCCCACCAUGAGAAGUCACUUAUUUUUUAAAAGGCAGUGAUAGAUUACCCUCUCUAGCUCUAAUGGGAAAAUUAUAUUGCAAUGCAACUUUAUAAUAAAUUGUUCAUAUAUUCAUAAUUCUGUGGCAAUCCCAAAUUGGAGAACAGAUCUGUUAAAGGUAUAUAUUAGUCUAGAUUUUUUCUUAUUGUAAAUACUGUAAUUUUAUAAUACUGUCAAUAUUUUAUUAACUUAGAAAUAUUUAACAGAGUUUAAUCUAUGGUAGUUGAUUUAUUUAUAGGUUUAUGUUGCAGCCAAUAUUGAAUUGCAUUCUAAUGUAAGAUUAACUUUAAGUAUGUAUACGUUGAUUUAAUAUAUCAUUGGAAAGAUUAAGAAUAGAGAAAAUUCUCACUCUUAAUCUGUAAUAUUUAUCCCCCGAUUCCUGGCUCAGAAUUCUUUAAUUAAAUAUUACAAGCUUUCAAAAGCGCAUGAAGAUAACAAUUGAAGUUGAAUCAUGUCAUUUGAAAACUUGAAUUUUGAAAUGUACCUGGCUUUUUUGCCCUGUUUGUAGUGAACACAGUUGCUUCAAUAUCUAAUCUAUAUAGUAUGGAAGUCUUUAUUUUGAGCAAAGGGACACUCUCAGAUCAAUCUUUGCUUCUUGUUUCAUGAAGAAGAAAAAAAUAAGCAAAACUCACCCAGUGCUUGUGUGUUAAUUCCUUCUUAAUCACAAGGUAAAAUUCCUUUUUUUGUUGGAUUGUUUAUUUGGCUUAAAGCAUUUCCAGAGCACCUGCAUCCCGGAGCCAUGCAGCCCAGCAUGGAGAUGCAGGCAGCCAGCAGGACCCUGCCCCAGCCGCAGCACGCAGGGUCCCUCCAGCACAGGCUUGGUGCCAUCCUUGCCACAUAGUGCAGACAGAUUUGGUCUCUGGCACUGGUUAUAAUCUUAGCUUGGCAAGGUGGAUAAAAGUGUGCUAAAUGUCUAAACCUUGCCCUUUUUCGAUCAAAGUUUCUCUUCACAAAUUUGUUUUUUUUGUGUGUGUGCAUUUUGUGUUUUUGUUUUUUUUUUUUUCAUGUAUAUAUAUUUUAGCCUGAUAGUGUCCCUUUGUCUGUAUAAAGAUGUUCACUUUCUCUGAAAAAUAAGUACAAGUUAUUUUCUUUUUAAGACAGGGGGGAAUUCAUCUGUAAUAUGUUUGCAACAUAACAUGCAUAAAGAUACCAAAAAUAUAUCAAGGGUUUCAUGAGAGGUUUUUGUUUGUUUGUUUGUUGUUUGUUUGUUUGUUUUUGAGUGUAAAAGUUAAUCUUUAUUAGAGAUGUGCCAAUCUAUACUGCUUUAUUGUAGUGUUGUUAUAUUUAGGCAUUUCAGUUAACUUACAAAUAUAUACUGUAACAGUAUACUUUGUACAGAUUUAUUUAAAAUUUAUUUGAAAACUGAAAUAAAUUAGGCAGAAAAUAAAGAUAUUUAUUUUUCAUUUGACUAUGUAAGAAGGUAUCAUUUUUUUGAUUUUAGUGCACUGGUGUACCAAGCCUCAGAACCACUGCUUUCUUCAGUUCAUAGGAUGCUUUUCAGAGACUGUGGAUAUGUGUAUGUGUACUGUUAUGUUUAUAAGUAAAUGCCAACAAUGGAGUUCAUUGCUUUUAUACAUCCCAAAGAGAAGUUCUCCACCGUUUAUUUUCUGUUUUCUGACCGAAAAGGCAUGUGCUUUUGAACAGUGUCGUUGAAAGUUCUGCCAUCCCACUUUCACAUCAGCUUAUGCCAAUACCAGGAUGGGAGGAUUUGCCUGCGUACCUUUCCUAGUACACCACAUUCACCAGUGGCAUCGGCAGGGAGCAGUUCAAACGUGUGUCCUUUGGGUUUUAUGUAAAGCAAAUGCAGAACAAGAAAAAUCAAGAUGUUAAAUUCAUUAGAAAACAAAUUCCUUAUUGUACAGUAGUAUGGAAAUCUCUAGUCAACAUGCCAUUAAUAAUAGAUUCUUAUUUUUGAAUGAUCUAUUUAAAAGAACAGCAAGCAUUGUAUUUGCUAGUAAAUCUGAAGUGUUUACAUGGAACUACUAAAUAAAUUAUUUGAUCUAA